GAUUCUGAGACCUUAUAAGCUACCUAAUGUCAGGUUUCCUCUCGUUUCUUUUCUCUGCUGAAGUUUUUUAAAUGAUGUUGAAUGGGAGUGACUCUCUCAUUCUGACAAAAUGCUGUACUUUUCUAGUGAUCUACUUGAAUCUUUACUACAAGUUAUUCUUUCAUUUUUAAGUGCUUGAGAUUAAACAUACAGAAGUCAUAUCUAUGGGAUUAUAUUCUGAAGAAUGUGACCAUAAAACAAAAACUAGAAGAAACAAUCAUUUACCUUUAGUUUCUAACAUGUUCUGGGGACAAAUUUCAUCUCAGUCUUUUUUAAACCUAACAUUUUAAUACCUUAAUUGUCACCUAAAGUAAGCUUCAGACUCUAAAUAGUAUUACUAGUUGCAGAGUCCUCUGUGGUUUGACAUUUUUCUUCUCUUGACUUGCUUCAUCUUUGUUAUUCUAGGAAUUGUAUUUGGAUUAAGAAUGGGUAAAGUGGCAUAAUGUUCUCUAGAUGACUUUUAACAUCUUAUAAAUUCCUGUUACAGAUAGCUAAGAACAAGCAGUAUGAUAUGCAUACAGAAGUUACAACCUUAAAACAAGAAAAGUGCCCAGUACCCAGUGCUGAAGAAUGGAUGCUUGAUGGGUGCAGAGCACCUGGUGGAUGCAGUAGAGAUUUCCUUAAAAAAGGCUUAGAACCAGAGACCUUCCAGAACUUUGAUGGUGGUCACACAUGUCUGGUUAGGGAUGAUGAAUUUAAAUUCCAAGGGCUUCGGCACACCGUGACUGCCAGGCAGUUGGUUGAAGCUAAGCUUCUGGACAUGAAAACAGUUGAGCAGCUGCGACUUGGGCUUAAGACUGUUGAAGAAGUUCAGAAAACCCUUAGCAAGUUUUUGACAAAAGCCACCUCAAUCGCAGGGCUUUAUCUCGAAUCCACAAAAGAAAAGAUUUCGUUUGCCUCUGCGGCCAAGAAAAUCAUAAUAGAUAAAAUGAUGGCUUUAGCCUUUUUAGAAGCUCAGGCUGCCACAGGUUUUAUAAUCGAUCCCAUUUCGGGUCAGACAUACUCUGUUGAAGAUGCCAUUCUUAAAGGAGUUAUUGACCCUGAAUUCAAAAUCAGGCUCCUUGAGGCAGAGAAGGCAGCCCUGGGAUAUUCAUAUUCUUCUAAGACUUUGUCAGUGUUUCAAGCUAUGGAAAAUAGAAUGCUUGACAGACAAAAAGGUAAACAUAUGUUGGAGGCCCAGAUUGCCAGCGGGGGCGUCAUCGACCCGGUGAGAGGCAUUCGCGUCCCUCCAGGAACUGCGCUGCAGCAGGGUUUGUUAAAUAAUGCCGUCCUCCAGUUCCUGCAUGAGCCGUCCAGCAACGCAAGAGUUUUUCCUAAUCCCAACAACAAGCAAGCUCUGUAUUACUCAGAAUUGCUGCAAAUGUGUGUAUUCGACAUAGAUUGCCAAUGCCUUCUCUUUCCAUUCGGGGAGAGGAACAUUUCCAAUCUCAAUGUCGAGAAAACUCAUAGGAUUUCUGUAGUAGAUAUUAAAUCAGGAGCAGAACUGACUGCUUAUGAGGCUUUCCAGAGAAACCUAAUCGACAAAAGUACAUAUCUUGAGCUUUCAGGGCAACAGUAUCAGUGGAAGGAAGCCACAUUUUUUGAAUCCUACGGGCAUCCUUCUCAUAUGCUGAGUGAUACUAAAACAGGGUUACAGUUCAAUAUAAAUGAGGCGAUAGAGCAGGGAACGGUUGACAAAGGCCUGGUCAAAAAGUAUCAGGAAGGCCUCAUCACGCUUACAGAACUUGCCGAUUCUUUGCUGAGCCGGUUAGUUCCCAAGAAGGAUUUGCACAGUCCCAUUGCAGGCUACUGGCUGACUGCUAGUGGGGAAAGGAUCUCUGUGCUAAAGGCCUCCCGUAGAAAUCUGGUUGAUCGGAUUACUACCCUCAGAUGCCUUGAAGCCCAAGUCAGUACAGGUGGGAUUAUCGACCCCCUGACUGGCAAAAAGUACCGGGUGGCUGAAGCUUUGCAUAGAGGCCUGGUUGACGAGGGGUUUGCCCAGCAGCUGCGACAGUGCGAAUUAGUGAUCACAGGGAUCGGCCAUCCCAUCACCAACAAAGUGAUGUCAGUGGUGGAAGCUGUGAAUGCAAAUAUCAUAAAUAAGGAAAUGGGAAUCAGAUGUUUGGAAUUCCAGUAUUUGACAGGGGGGUUGAUAGAGCCACAGGUUCGCUCCCGGUUGUCAAUAGAAGAGGCUCUCCAAGUUGGAAUUAUAGAUGUCUUCAUCGCUACAAAACUCAAAGAUCAGAAGUCGUAUGUCAGAAAUAUAAUAUGUCCCCAAACAAAAAGAAAGUUGACCUAUAAAGAAGCCUUAGAAAAAGCAGACUUUGAUUUCCACACAGGACUUAAACUCUUGGAAGUAUCUGAACCCUUGAUGACAGGAAUUUCUAGCCUCUACUAUUCUUCAUAAGAGGACAUGUUUAAAUAACUUUGCAGAGGGGUGAUGCUAUCCAGUUCAAAUCAUGAUAGUAUCAGUUAAAUAUACAGUCUACUACCUUUGUCACAGACUGCAAGCACUAUUUAUUUCUUGAGGGCUGGAAAUAGCUGAUUAUUCUGAAGAGAGAAUGAGUUUUAAAUUGAAAACAAACGAUUUACUGCUCUUAAAAAUGGUUCUAUUGAGUUUUGAGAUUAGUUUUUUAAAUCUUGCAUGCACUAAAAUAUAAACGUAUUGUACCUAGAAUAUGGGAUAAGCCUACAAGUUCACAGCACCUUUUCUUCACUCUCCAUCAUUAAAUAGGUCCGGCCUGUUGUUAGGGUUCCUGUUUACUGAAUGAUCCAUUACACUCACUGAAAGGCACUUCAGAAAGCACCAUAGAGUCAAAGUGAAAGAUGUAAAUUCAUUCCCACAUCUCUGAGGCUAUCAGAUUGCUUUGGAAAAUGAAAAAGGUUUCAGUUUUUCUGUAUGCAGUAACUUUCUUUGCAUAUUAAAUGUUUCCCACAAUCUCCCAUUUCUAGUUAGACUUUGUAAUUAAAAGCAGCAUUAUCGUGUGUUGCAAGAGGGUGAAAGAUUUUUCUUCAUUCCAUGUAGUUUUCAUAUGUGUUGUACACAUUCUCUGUUCUUUCAGCUUUCCAUUGUCUUGAUACUUUUCUUUCAAGACCGUUGUGAUUGUCAUGCUAAUGCAAAGGGCAGCGAUGCAAAGAUCUAGUGCUUCAUGAAUAAAAUUGUGAUGUUUUAUUUGUUGUAUUGAUAGACCAGCUGGGAGGUUAGACUGAUCAUGAAGGCAUGUUGGUGACAGCUUCCCUUGCUACCAUAAUCAUUUUGGAAGUACAUCUGCUAUGUGACAUGAUAAAUGUGGUUAAGUAAUUCAAUAAAAUAUCUCAGUAACCUGUG